AUGAUGAUGGACUUGCGAGCAUCAGUGGCAACGCCUCUCUGCCCGAAGCAACCCGAAGCAACCCGAAGCGACCCGAAGCGACCCGAAGCGACCCGAAGCGACCCGAAGCGAGCGGGCUGCAUGCACUCUACUGUUCUGCCAGACCGCUCCGUACUCGGUACUCCUGGACCGAUGCAGAAUAUUGCCUGGCGGGCCCAGGAGAAACCUCCGCACCGCGGGCGAGACGUCUCGUCUCUCGUCAACCACGCCGUUGGGUUCAGCGCUCGUGGGGUUCCUUCCCCUGGGCACGGCAGCCCUGCCCUGCCCUGCCCUGCUCUGCCCCGCCCUGGCUACAGAAAACGGGCCCCACACUGUCUGCCAAAUGGACCCGACACUGGACGUCGUCCGCCGGAGAUGGUGGGCCGUGCCCUUGCUCUUUUGGCCAAGAAAGUUCUGAUUGAGCGAGCCCCUUGA